GUUGCUCAGAUUUAGAAAUCUAGCCAUCUCUUUGCUUAGCCCAAUGCAGAAUUAUGCAGUGUAUUAUUUUUUGGUGCUGUGGAAUAAUAUAUUAAGGGAAUGUUGGAUUAAACAUUGAUCUAUGGUGCACGUGCAUUCUUGAACGAGGCACUGUGUUUGCAGAAACAAGAGACGGCUUAUGUCGGUAUUGCGGGAACAAUGGUGAAGUACUUCAGCUGUAUUGGGGUUCUGAAGAGCUCCUGGGACCAAGUCUUCAUUGCAUUCUGGCAGAGGUACCCCAACCCAUACAGUAACCAUGUCCUGACAGAGGAUAUCGUGUUUCGGGAGGUGACCCCGGACAACCGGCUCAUUUCCAGACGUCUCUUGACCAAAACGAGUCGGGCCCCUCGCUGGGCGGAGCACUACCUGCCGGUGCAUAUGGCCCGCUGCGCCUACAUCAUGGAGGACUCCAUUGUGGACCCCCAAGCGAGAACCAUGACCACUAUGACCUGGAACAUCAGCCACGCCCGCCUCAUGUCUGUGGAGGAGCGGUGUGUGUACAGGGUGAAUCAGGAGAACGGCAACUGGACACAGAUAAAGAGAGAGGCCUGGAUCUCUUCCAGUCUCUACGGCCUCUCCAGGGCCUUUCAGGAGUUUGGCCUGGCGAGGUUUAAGAGCAGUGUUACAAAGACCAUGAAAGGGUUUGAAUACGUCUUGGCCAAAAUGCAAGGGGAGACCCCCUCCAAGACGCUGGCGGAGACGGCGAAGGAGGCGAAGGAGAAAGCUCGAGAAACUGCGCUGGCCGCCACGGAGAAGGCCAAGGGUCUGGCCUCCCAGGCUCAGAAGAAGCAGUAUGUGUAAGGCGCGUGGGGGGUGGUCGGGCGUGGUCCUCACAAGGCCCAGACCCGACAUGCUCAUGUUCCAGCUCAUACCCCGCCUCACAACCGCCCCCCCUCACCCUACCCUACCCUGCAGGCCUCAGCCCUGGCUGAACCCCUCCUGCUUCUCCAAACUCCAGUUCCCCCCACUCUCCCAUCCAGUGCCUGGAAUUUCACCACCUUAGCCUAUGCCAUUCCUUCCUCCAGUCUUCUUCUGUUGCUGAAUCUCACUUAAUCAUUUCCUUUAUAUGCCGGUACCUCUCGGCAGCACGUAGCCAGCUAGCGCACAGAAUGACCCAACAACAGUACUUGAUUUAUCUAAACCACGUGUUUAAGGGUUAAUUUGUAAAUACAGCUUUUAUUCGUUUGGCGUUAGCUUGUGUCCCUGCUUAACUACUUGAAGCAAGCGAACCGGCGUGGCGUUUCUGCACUUCAGAUGCUUGACUAGAUUGUUUCACAGACCUUCUUCUUGUUCUGUAUUUUUUUUUCUCCUGUUACAAAAUCGUAAUUUCAUUGCUUCAAAUUGAAGUUAUUAGUGUGACCUUGGUCCACGUUAUUUGCAGACAUAGCCUGUAAGACCUGUCGCGUGAACCUUGAUCCAUCGUGAGGGUGUGCCGAACGCCAAACUCUGUAGAAACGCUAAUGGUACUGUAAGCACUGGAAUAGAGUGCAUGGGGAUGUCUGCAGCGAUGUGUAUUAUUCCAGAAAGUGGACUAAAUUUUAAGUGAACUACUGUAAUUGUAACUGCCUCCUGAAUAUGGAAAGAUAAAAAAAGAAAAAGGAUUUGGAAGUUGAAAAGCUCUAAAGUGUAAAAAAAAAAAAAAAACUUGGUACACUUUAGCAAUCAGUUCAACAAUAAACGUUUUCUAUCAAACUAA